UAAUGUAACAAAAUGUGAACAAAGUGAAGGGGUCUGAAUACUUUCCGGAUGAACUGUAUAUUGAAUAUUUGAAUGUGUGUUGACUGUACAGCUGUUGUCUUAUAAUCAACGUGCAGUCUGUUAAAUAUAGCAAAGACUUCUUCCGCGUUUUCAAUGUUAUUUAAAAAUGAAUACAAUAUUUUGAUACUGUUUCAUGAUAAAAAUUACUGCUUGACACACACACACACACACACACACACACAAGGCGAGCAGGAAUGAAAGGAGAAAGGAGGAGUUUUGAUUGUAUUGUUGUUUAGGGCGCUGCUGGUGAGCCGCGAACCGUCGGUCGUUGGAGUGACAGCGACAUGAUCUGGUCAGAGCCGGUAAGAACGUAAACAGUCCGCUGCUACCUAACGAAACAUACAACACGUCAAAGCAACAGCUGAAGUAUCCCAGACGACCGGAUAGCCUGCUGUAUAAAACGGCUAAAUGUAGGCUAUAUUUAAAUGUUUAAAAAAAAAAAAGCAACGUAGCGUGUUUCUCUCACAGAAAGAAAGUUCGCAUCUUUCUUUCCAGAUGAUGCUGAUGCGAGAGCAUCUCCUAUCUCUUUGGUGGGUUAGAUAGGAGGUCCAGUCGGACCCAUUUCACUGCGACACCUGGUUUAUUCUGUCCACCAUUAUAACAACAGACGGACCUGUCAGAACAGAACGAAUGAGCAAAUAGCGGACAGGUCUGGACCAUCCGUCUAUCGCUCACCAUGAAACAGGGUGGUCUCGUGGACGACACGGAGGACGUGGAGUUGGAUUUCAGUACGGAGGAGGAGGAGCAGCGAGCGCUCAGGGGGGUAAAGAUCAGACACCCCCUCGCCUCCUUCCUGCACCUGUUCUUCCGAGUGGCUGCCAUAGUAACCUACCUGCUCUGUGAUUGGUUCACCAAGAGCUUUACUUCCUGCUUCAUUAUGAUCAUCACUCUGCUGUCCUGUGACUUCUGGUCCGUUAAGAAUGUGACAGGCAGGUUGUUGGUGGGUCUGCGAUGGUGGAACCAGAUCGAUGAGGAUGGGAGGAGCCUCUGGGUGUUUGAGGACAGCAAGUCCUCUCCCCAGGCCGGUGGUACGGAGGUGGAGGCCAGGAUCUUCUGGUCGGGUCUGAUCAUCUGUCCUCUCAUCUGGACCGGCUUCUUCUUCACGACCCUGUUCUGUCUGAACACAGACUGGCUGGUGUUGGUGGUAGCCAGUAUCUCUCUCCAGGGGGCUAAUCUCUAUGGUUACCUGCGCUGCAAGAAUGGUGGACAGGAAGUCCCACCCACAUCCCCUUCCUCCUUCCUGCAGGGACAGCACUUCCUCCAGCGGCCUGAUAUCAUCUCCAGAAUGCUGUGAUGGAAUAGGAAUCACCUGGAGCUGCCUUCUCUGAUUGUGUGUGUGUGUGUGUGUGUGUGUGCGUGCGUGCGUGCGUGACAGACAGAGCAGGAAAUGUUCUGGAACUCAGAAGGGGACAGAAGCCCAUCAACAUCAAAGCUCCUGGAAUUACAUCAGUUUCAUAUUCAGCAUUUUAAUUAUUUUGAUUUAAUUUUAUAUUUCUAUGAAUAUAUACAGUAUUUAUUUUUUACUUCUGACGAUGUUAUAAUCUGUUUCCUGUCUGUCUGGUGGCUAAUAAA